UUUUCUGGGCAUGGAGAUCACUCAAACUAAUGAAGGCAUCUUCAUCUGUCAGGAAAAGUAUGCCAAGAAUCUGCUGGAAAAAAUUCAAGAUGGAAGGAAGCAAGGCUGUCACCACAUCACUAGUUCCAAAUCAGAAAUUGACCAAGGAUGAUGGUGCACCUAAUGCUGAUGAGAGGCAAUACGGAAGCAUCAUCGGCAGUUUGUUGUAUCUGACAGCAACCAUACCGGACAUCAUGUUUGCAACAAGCUUACUGUCUAGGUUUAUGCAAACUCCAAGCCAAGUACACCUCACUGCAGCAAAGAGACUGCUCAGUGAUUGGGCUGGUUCAGUGGAUGACAUGAAAAGUACAUCAGGUUAUACAUGUUUGUUCAAUAGUGGUGUAUUUUCAUGGCUCUCACAAAAGCAGGAUACGGUAGCUCAAUCCACCGUGGAGGCCGAGUACAUCGCAGCUUGCGCUGCCGCAAAUUAAGCAAUUUGGCUCAGAAGAAUUCUAAAGGAAAUGGGCGAAACCCAGCACAAUGCUACCAAACUGUAUUGUGAUAGCAAAUUUGCUAUUGCAAUAACAAAAAAUCUGGUCCAACACAGGAAGACCAAGCACAUCAAGAUUAAAUAUCACUUUCUUAGAGAAGCUGAAAGUGAUGGUGAAAUUAGUUUGGUACACUGCAGGAUUGAUAAACAAAUUGUUGACAUUUUUACCAAGGCAUUACCAAAAGCUAAAUUUGAAUACUUGCGAAGCAAA